AAGACAAAGCCCCCUCUCUCAGUCCCUAGUAAAUGUGAACGCCAGCCGGUAAAACCACCGUCUGAGGUAGCUCUUUAAUACAACCACACCGUUUCCAAAGUCAACAUUCUGGGCUGAAAUCUGGCUCUCAAAGGACGAGGGCCGGACGGGAAUUCCGCCCCCCUGGAAGUCCUCAGCACGGAGCUUGCCCCGCAGACCCCGCCUUCUCUUAAUUUGUCAACAAAGGGGUUUGACAAGCUCGCCGAAGCCCUGCCCCAUGUUGCCAUAAAAGGAUGAUUUGGCCAUACACGGCCAACAAUCAGACCGUGGGUAACCUUUUCCGUUCCCCAUCCCGUUCAUAUGGUGCGUUGACUUCCUCCGUCGCCGUUAAAGCGGAGCUAUCAUGGCGGAGCGCGUACAGCAGCCCCCAGCCAAGCGGCUCUGCUGUAGACCGGGCUACGGCUCAACAUGUAGACAAGGCCAGCGGGCCGCGGGGGCGCCGUGCGGCAGCUCGGGUGCCACCCAGGGCGAAUCGAGCAGAACCCAGAGUCCGGAGACCCUCCUGGACAUCGCGGCAAGGAAAGUCGCCGAGAAGUGGCCGUUUCAGAGGGUAGAGGAGCGUUUCGAGCGGAUCCCGGAGCCCGUCCAGAGACGGAUCGUGUACUGGUCUUUCCCGAGGAGCGAGCGUGAGAUCUGCAUGUAUUCGUCGUUCAACACUGGCGGGGAGGAGAUCGGAAGUAGCGGGGAGAGCGGCGACGAGACGCGGCUGCCUUUCCGACGGGGCAUCGCUCUGCUGGAGAGCGGCUGCGUGGACAACGUACUCCAAGUCGGUUUUCACCUCAGUGGCACAGUAAGGGAACCCGCUACACCCUCUGAGCCAGAGCUAGUCUGCAAUGUGAGCGUCAGCUUCGACCGCUGCAAAAUCACAGCAGUGACAUGCAGCUGCGGCAACAAGGACAUUUUUUACUGUGCCCACGUUGUGGCACUCUCACUGUACCGAGUACGGAAGCCAGAGCAGGUCAAACUGCGCCUGCCCAUCUCAGAGACUCUAUUCCAAAUGAACAGAGAUCAACUGCAGAAGUUUGUUCAGUACCUAAUCACAGUGCAUCACACAGAUGUGCUGCCGACAGCACAGAAGCUGGCAGAUGAAAUACUGUCACAGAACUCAGAGAUCAACCAGGUCCACGGAGCUCCUGAUCCAACAGCGGGGGCAAGUGUGGAUGACGAGAACUGUUGGCAUCUGGACGAGGAGCAAGUCCAGGAACAGGUCAAGCUCUUUCUCUCCCAGGGCGGGUACCAUGGCUCAGGAAAGCAGCUCAACUUACUGUUCAGCAAGGUGAGAGAGAUGCUGAAGAUGAGGGACUCCAAUGGAGCUCGCAUGUUAACACUGAUCACAGAGCAGUUCAUGGGUGACCCUAGAUUGGCGCUGUGGAGGCAACAGGGGACGGCCAUGACUGACAAGUACAGGCAGCUGUGGGACGAACUAGGGGCCCUGUGGAUGUGCAUCGUGCUGAACCCCCACUGCAAACCUGAGCAGAAGGCUUUCUGGCUACGACAGCUUCGCAGGUGGAACAGCGUGGACGUUUGCCCCUUGGAGGAUGGUAACCAUAGUAGCGAACUGACCAAUCUCACCAACGUUCUGCCCCAAGGCCCUGCUGGUAACCCAGACUCGCUGACUCGGCCUCACCGGACGGUCUUCACGCGAGCCAUCGAGGCCUGCGACCUGCACUGGCAGGACCCCCACCUGCAAAACAUCAUCACGGAGGACCACUACACCAACUACUGCUACCAUGAGAACCUCGACUCGUCCCUCUUCGACACCCGAGGGUGGCCCUUAUGGCAUGAGCACGUCCCUACAGCGUGUGCCCGAGUGGAUGCCCUGAGAUCACACGGUUACCCCAAAGAAGCGCUCAGGCUGGCCAUCACCAUCGUCAACACACUGCGGCGGCAGCAGAAGAAACAGCUGGAGCUCUUUCGUUCCCACAAAAAAGAGCUGCUAAACAGAGGAAUUACAUCAGUCACCAACCUGGAAGGAUGGGUGGGCCACCCUCUGGACCCCAUCGGCACUCUUUUCAGCACCCUCAUGGAGACGGGGAGGGGCAGCGAGGAGGGAACUCUACUUGAUUUCUCAGGCUCGCUGGGUUCAGGCAGAUGGACGGAGCAUCCGGUUUUCCCAGCGCAGCGUUUCUUGGAAGAAGGAGAGUCUUUCCUGUCGUUGGCCGUGGAGACAGCUCUCAUUGGACUGGGGCAGCAGAGAGUGAUGCCAGACGGCCUUUACGCUCAGGAGAAAGUGUGUCGCAAUGAAGAGCAGCUAUUGGGCAAGCUUCAAGAAAUUGAUUUAAACGACAUGCUGGUGAAGAUCUUCCGGAAGCAAGCUGUCUUACUGCUAGAGGCUGGUCCUUACAGUGGUCUGGGGGAAAUACUCUACAGAGAGAGUGUCCCCAUGCACACUUUUGCCAAGUUUCUGUUCACCUCCCUGCUACCUCACGAUGCCGAACUGGCAUAUAGAAUUGCACUGAGGGCUAUGAGGUUGCCGGUCCUGGAGUCCACAAACCCCUCUAGUGACUUGUCUCGGCCUCACCACAUAGUGUCCGUGGUGCCCAACCGAUACCCUCGCUGGUUCACUCUAAGCCACAUAGAGACUCAACAGUGUGAACUGGCCUCCACGAUGCUCACUGCUGCUAAAGGUGAUGCUCGCAAGCUAGAAACUGUGUUAGAGUCGAUCCAGAAGAACAUCCACUCCUCCUCCCACAUCUUUAAACUGGCCCAGGAUGCCUUCAAAAUCGCCACUCUCAUGGACAGCCUGCCUGACCUCACGCUGCUCAAGGUUUCCCUGGAGCUGGGCCUUCAGGUGAUGAGGAUGACCCUGUCUACACUGAACUGGCGUCGGAGAGAGAUGGUGCGCUGGCUUGUCACCUGUGCUACUGAAGUUGGUGUGUUUGCUCUGGACAGCAUCAUGCAGAACUGGUUCACCCUCUUCACCCCCACUGAAGCAACCAGCGUUGUGGCUAGCACUGUCAUGUCCAACAGCACUAUUGUCCGCCUGCAUCUGGACUGCCAUCAGCAGGAGAACCUGGCCAACUCUGCCCGCACCUUAGCCCUGCAGUGUGCCAUGAAGGACCCCCAAAACUGUGCCCUCUCAGCUUUGACACUCUGUGAAAAGGACCACAAUGCCUUUGAAACAGCCUAUAAGAUUGUACUGGAUGCAGCUGCCACUGGAAUGAACUACACACAGCUGUUUACAAUAGCACGCUACAUGGAGCACCGUGGUUAUCCAGCAAGGGCAUACAAACUAGCAACGUUAGCCAUGACUCACCUGAACCUAAGCUACAACCAAGACACACACCCGGCCAUUAAUGAUGUGCUCUGGGCAUGUGCUCUCAGCCACUCCCUGGGUAAAAACGAACUGGCAGCCGUCAUCCCUCUAGUGGUGAAGAGUGUGAAGUGUGCCACUGUCUUGUCGGACAUUUUACGCCGGUGCACUCUUACAACACCAGGUGGCAUGGUGGCACUACACAGUCGCAGAAACUCUGGAAAGCUGAUGUCUCUGGACAAAACUCCACUCAGGCAGCUACUGGACGCCACAAUCGGGGCCUACAUCAACACAACGCACUCUCGGCUGACGCACAUCAGCCCACGCCACUACAGCGAGUUUAUCGAGUUCCUCAGCAAAGCCAGAGAAACAUUUCUCAUGGCACACGACGGACACAUCCAGUUCACACAGUUCAUAGACAACCUAAAACAGAUAUACAAGGGCAAGAAGAAGCUCAUGAUGCUUGUUCGAGAGAGAUUUGGUUAAAAGACGAUCAUAUGACCAAAUUGUAUUUUUGUUGUUGUUGUUGUUGUUUUGUUAGUUGUCUCCUUUUUUUUUAAUCCUUUCUAACUUGAAGUGAAAAUCCACCUAAAACAACUUUCAUGUGAAUCUUAUUCCUGUGCUUUAGGACUGCUGGGUCUGAUGGAUAACGAACACAAUUUCUUCGAGGCAAAUAUUUAAGACUGUGAGGUUAAAACGUUACCAAGCAUGAUCACACACAGAUUCUAGUGUUGGGUAGCCCAAAAGGUUUUAGAGUAAAGUUUAAAAUUUGGAGAGGAAAGAAAAAGACUGUAAACCAUAUGAGCAACACCCGGGGCCAAGACUAAAACAGAGUGUACACACUUUUUUGUUUGGGAGAUUUGAGGCUUUUCAUACCGGUUCUGUUCUUAUCCAGAUUUUUUCACCAUAAAUAGAUAUACAAAUGCACCGAGUCUUUUGUCACAUAAAUAAUUCUGAAUGUAGACUUAGUUGCUACUGGUGGAUAGCUAAUGGCUACACUGUGACUAUGUUUGUUCCAAAAUAGUUGCUUCUACAACACAUACAAUUGUGAUGCCGGCCAAGACAGUACUGUAAAUACAGACACUCCCAUCAGGGCUUUAAUCAGACCUUAUGUAACUUGUAAAUCAUCUUCACCCCAUCGGCAGUAGCUACAACCGUAGUCAUAACUGCAGCAAGAGCAAUGCCCAAAAGCUUUAUCUGCUACUGAUUAUAUUUAGCCUUCGAGAACCAGAGGAAGGAAUUUACCUUUAAUGGCCACUCAUCACCACAUCCUGGAGUCAGCGUGGCAUCAUCAUAUUAGAGACACAGAAAAGCAACAAUUUUUCUUAUUUGACAGCAUUCUUUUGAAAAUGUUUUUAAUUAUUUAAAUAGUUGCCAACUAUUAUUUUCUGUUGAUCCACAGAUAGAUUAAGUCAUUGCAUCUCUAAUUAAAUUUAUUACUUUGAACUGCAAUAUAAUCACAAAAUUAUAGAUAACAGCUCCACUAAUUCAUGAUAUUGUAGCGCUGAACCAUAAUUCUUAUGAAAUGUUUAAAAGAUAAGCAGGAAUUACAUUUUAGAGUUCCUGUUCAGACUGUUCAGGGAGUUCUUCCUUCCCACUGACACCAAGUGUAUGAUCAUGGUAGAGUUCUUUCUCCAAUGUUGUAGGGUCUUUUCCUUAAAGCACUUUCAAAUGAUUGUGGUUUAUGAUGGCAUAAAAAACCAAGUAUGCAGCUCAAAUGAAAUAUAAAUCCGUUGCUUUUUGGUGUCUUAACAGUACAAGACACUGAAAAUCUUGGACUGUUCACCAAUACCAAACAUUUUUAUUUAUUUAUUUUUUGCUGCUUUCUGAUGUUUAGAAGGUACCCCGCUGACCACUGUUAGCAUUAUGCAGCAGAUUUUUUUUUGUUUUUAAAUGUAGCUCACAUGAUUUUUUGUGUCAACACACCAACAAACUUGGCAGUUAUCUUUCAAAGGCAGCAAAGAAUAAGACCGCUAAGUAACAAACGUAAAUGUAUAAAGUGUAAUGAUUUUGCAAUGUUGUAUGGGGGAAGAAACACUUACCUUCAUUUCUAAGAAAACUCCACAGGAUACCUUUAAUAGACCAGACUUUUUAAACAUCACUUUAUCUGUGGGAGUGGUGUACACACUGUUUAUACAUCUGGCCCCUGGUAUUGAUGUGUCAAAAAAAAAACCCCAAAAACUAUGUGUUUAGUUUGCAAAACUGUCACUUUGUUUGAAGAUUUUGUGUUUUCCAUUACAUACAAACGUGAGAGGGUUUUAUGCUGAGUAUUUCCUGUAUUGUCCAGUGGCAAAAUGUCUGCCUUGCACUGCUCCUGCUUCCCUCGGCUAAUGCUCACAGCCUCAAAGAGAAGACAAAUGGCUUUAAACCAAAUGGACCAUUUGAAGCGACGAGUACCUCUUUUAAAGGAUCCAGCUUUACUCUUUCCCCCCAGGCCUCCUCACCCAUCUGCUCAAGAAAGGCUCUAAAUCCACCAUCAAAAUUCAUUUCGCUGCCAUUUCCAGGCUGGUUGUUUUGGCUUUGCAGUGUUGUCGCAAACAUUCAGUAUGCUUAUUUGACGGACACAUUUGCCACGAUAGCACGACGACAAACCAUCUCAGUUCUCGUCCUCGUGGAAACGAUGUAUAUUCUCAGGGAUUUCUCCAAAAAAAACGAAACAAACAAACAAAAAUAAGCAGAAAAAAGAACAAAAGCAUUUUAUUGUCCUGUGUAUAUAUGAAAGUAUAUGUCUCAAUAUUGAAAAAAUGUAUAUGUUAACUAAUUUAUGACAGAAUAUUCUAUGUAAGACACAAUACUUGAAGCUGCAGUAAUUUUGGAAACAAGCGAAAAGCAAAACAUAUCAGAAGGACUUCUAAACGUUGGCCUGGCAUUGCAUUACGGGCCCUGUUUGGGCUCUGCAGACAUGAAAUGAACUGCAGAAAGUGGCCGUCAGGAAGUGGACGUGCAGAGUGGGUAUUAUCCGGAGCACAGAAGUGUACUGAGGGGUUUUACAAGUCAUUGAAGGAGGCAGAGCGGCAGCAACAUACAGCUGCCAGCUGCUGCAGUUCUCUCAUCGUGGUCAAGUCUGCCUCAUUCCACCUUCUGCAGUGACUCGCUCACAAAAUGAAGCUUUGCUUUUUCUUCUUUUUUUU